AUGCACCCGCACAAUUUCAAGAGAAGCAAGGUUGUGUUCGAUUGCAAACUCACUGGCAUCUCUGGAACAACUCGCUGCGUUUCUCGUUGCAUCAUGGUGAAAGUCAAGGUAGCGCAUUCGUAUGAAGCAGAGACCGAAGACGAGCUCACGCUCGCCGAGGGAGACAUUAUCAACGUGACGCAGGAGGUUGAAGGUGGCUGGUGGGAAGGCGAUCUCAACGGCCGCGUCGGCUGGUUCCCGUCGAACUUUGUGGAGCCCUACACUGAGCCGACGCCUGCGCCUGCUGCAGCGCACCAUGCCCCAAUCGGUCGUCCACCACCGCCAUCGAGUGCUGCUCUCAGCCGACUGGCUUCCGCCGCGCAGCCUGCCACUGCCACCCCUCCGCCCGCUGCUGCUGCCGCCGCUGCUGCUCCUGCUCCUGCUCCUGCUCCUGCACCGGCGGCUGUGGCUGCGGCCCCCGUUGCUGGCGCUGGCGCCCGCAAAACCAAUCGAGAGCGUCGCGCCAAAGUGUGCUUUAGCUACGCCGCUGCGAAUGGCGACGAGCUGACUCUUCCAGUCGGCGCUGUUGUCAACAUUCUCAAGCAGGACGAAGAAGGAUGGUGGGAAGGCGAACUCAAUGGAGUUGUCGGUGUUUUCCCUUCGAAUUUCGUCGAAAUGGUGAAUGACGACGCCGAUGCUGCUGCCCCUGCUGCUGCCCCAGCUGCUACACCCGCUGCUGCUGCUGCUCCUGCUGCCGCCGCAGCUCCCGCUCCGUCGCAUGAGCAUGAAGCAGAAGGAGAUUCGCUGAUCAAGGCGAAAAAGAUUGUUGGCGUCGGUCUUGGUAAUAUCUUUGGUGGGGGCGGCAUCAAGCUUCGCACGACGAGUGCCGCACCUGCUGAAGAGGCAAAGUCUAUCGAACCCACUCGUGCACCACCGCCGGUUCCUGGCAACAAGAAGGAGGCACCUGCACCCGCUCCAGCACCCGCUCCGGCCCCAGCGCCCGCUGCGGCCGCCGCACCAACGGCCGCAGAGACCAAACAGGUCAAGGCCUUGUUCGAUUAUGACGCCGAAAUGGACGACGAACUGUCGUUCAAGGUGGGCGAUGUUUUCACUCUGAUCGCAAAGACGGACGACACUUGGUGGAAGGGCGAGCACAACGGCGUGCAGGGCGUCUUCCCGAGCGAGUUUGUUGAAGUCUUGGAGAGCACACGAAAGAAGGCGCCCCCACCCCCGACUGGCGCAAAAGCUGCGGCGUCCCCAACUCCGACCCCAGCACCAGCAGCCCUUUCGUCCAACGCUGCUCGCAAAUCUGCACCGCCGCCGCCGAAAAAGGUCGAAGAACCAGCACCCGCAGCUGCAGCACCUGCUCCGGCUCCGGCUCCGGCUGUGGCUGCGGCUGCGGCUCCUGCACCUGCUCCGGCUGCUGCGGAAGAUGGCGAGAGCGCAGAAAAGAAGCACCCGGCAGGUGCAUUCCGUCUGCCCGCCGUGGCUGUCAAGCGACCUGGCGGCGCGCCCCCUGUGGCUGUCAAGCCCGCUGCUGCGGCUGCUGCGGCGGCUGCAGGAGCAGACGACUCGGCCCCUGCGCCUUCGCCGUUCCCCGCGCUUCGCAAAACGAUUUACAAUGACGCACCAGCAGCGGCACCUGCUGGCGGUCCUCCGUCCGUCGCCAAAAAGCCCAUUUUGCCUGGGGGCAAAUCACUGGAGGAAAAGCCUUUGGCUGCAGCAGCUACUCCCGCUGCCCCUGCCGCCGCUGCUGCCGCCGCACCCGAGAUCAAGAAGAAACCAUUAGUCGUUCCCCCGCCGACUGCACCGAAGUUGCCUGCUGCUGCUGCUGUUGCUCCUGCUGCUGCGGCACCAACAACGACCGUGUCGCCAAAGCCGCUUUCCAUGGUGGACGACUCGCACGUGUACGAGACGAUUCCAGGCGACCUGGUGGCGGCAAAGCCUGCGGCGCCUCUGGCCUCUACCCCGGCCAAGCUGCCUGCUGGUCGAACUGUCUCGUCUGUCCCAACCACUGUCUCUGACAAUGGCGAUGUCUACAGUUUGAGCACAAAGAAGACCACGACCGUGGGAGCUGGUCACUCACGAAACAAGUCGGUCGAUGAUGCUCUCGACACCAAGAAAGGCGAUGAUGGCUCUGACUCUGCUGCCGAAAUCCGCGACCUCAAGAAGCAAAUUACCGAGCUUCGCGGCUUGAUUCGCGACCUGCAAGGCGAUUUGGACGAGGAGCGACAGUUGCGAAAACUUCUCGAUCGUUAUGUCAAGGACCGCCUUCCCCCAACAGAUUAA